AUGGCGACCAAGCAUGAACGCAUCGCACAGCACAACCAUCUGGUGCCGCAUGCCGUUGAUAGACUGGCGCACAUGAUGCCAGAUGCAGAGUACGGCGAAUGGGUACUAGGAUCCAAGGUAAUAUCCAUCACUUACGCCCAACUAGCCAAUAUUGUUAAUGGCUUAGCUUGGUGGCUCGUGAAAGAGCUGAAUGGCUCGGGCUACAACAAACCCCAGAGAGAAACGCUGACUUACAUUGGGCCUAAUGAUGUACGCUACUCGGCACUGGUGCUUGCAGCAGUGAAAGCUGGUUUUGUGAUUUUUGUAACGUCUCCCAGGAAUAGCCAGCCUGCACAGCGGGCGUUGUUCAAUCACCUCGGCUGCCAGACUUUGAUCACGACGAACCCUCUUUCGCCACCCGCCCAAGCUGUUUUGGAUGCCGUUGCGCCAGCGCGUCACCUCACGGUGCCAUCUGUAGAGGAGCUUCUUUCCAGUUCGCAUCCAACAUACGUAUGGAAUAAGACCUUCGAGGAGGUACAAAAUGACCCUUUUGUCGUGAUGCACACGUCUGGGACUACGGGCCUACCGAAGCCUAUUAUAUGGACACACGAAACAUGUGCGCGAGUUGUCAACGCAAAGAACGAUCGCGAACCCAAAGGAAACUCCUCUGUCGAACGUCUACUACUCAACGGCAAGCGUAUAAUAGUGACCCUGCCUCCAUUUCACGGGGCGCUUCUCGCUCAACUCGUUGUCGGCGCGAUACCCUACGGUAACGUUGUUAUUGCUCCAGUAGUGACAGCCAUCCCGACGGCUCAAAAUGUCGUGGAUGCUCUCAAGCAGACCCCAGCUGAUGUAGCAAUAUUGGUCCCCUCAGUGGUGGCCGAGUUGGCCCAAGCAAUUUUGUACAUUGGCGGCGACCUGCCACAGGACCUCGGCGACAUUGUGGCCUCUAAAAUGUACCUGCGCUGUCAAUGGGGAGCGACUGAGACGGGUAUCGUCCCGCAACUGCUUCCGCCAGAGCUGCUUCCAUCCGCCUCGACGGGACGGGAGCUAUGGAGCUAUGUCAAGUUUCAUCCUUGCGUUGGUGCUGCCUUUGAUGAAGUGGCUGACGGUAUAUUUGAGCUGGUAGUCAGGCGUGAUAUCGCUCUUGCUGACACGCAACCGUGUUUUACUGUGCCCGGGAUAGAUUUGCUCGACAAGGAAUACCGCACCAGGGAUCUAUUCGAAAAGCAUCCACACAUUUCUGGUAUAUGGCGUUGGCGUGCUCGAGCUGAUGAUAUUAUUGUUUUCCUCAACGGCGAGAAAACGAAUCCCAUUUCAAUGGAACAGCAUAUUUUGGCCAAGAACCCACAAGUUAGCGGCGCUCUCGUCAUCGGCUCCAACAGGUUCCAGGCUGCACUUCUGGUUGAGCCAGCUUCAGAGAAGCCUCUGACUAUAGCAGAGCAGGCGGCUUUGAUCGAGCAUAUCUGGCCCAGCGUUGAUGAAGCCAACCAAAGCGCCCCUGCCCAUGCUCGCGUGGAGAAGUCGUUUAUUCUUGUUAUUCCGGCAGAUCGUCGACUGAUUCAGUCAGGAAAAGGUACCUAUAUGAGAGGUCCCAGUAUAGCCCAGUAUUCCGAGGAAAUUGAGAGUCUGUACGCUGCUGCAGACGAUGCCGUUCUAGGCGAUGAUAUCAACGGGUCUGACGGGCCAGUGCCGCAUGCCUUGGGCUUGGAUGGUAUUGUUCGCCUGGUUAGACAACAUGCCCAGGCUGUGACAGGCUGGACAAAUCUUGGCGAUGCAGAUGACUUUUUUGACCGCGGUAUGGAUUCGCUUCAGGGGCUCCGACUGACACGUGCCCUGGGACGUAGCCUCUACCGCCCUGAUCUCGCCCUUUCUACCGUCUACCAGAACCCGUCCAUCUCCCGGCUCGCAGAGAGCAUUCUUGCAAAGGGAAACGGGGACCAGAAUGAGGGCAAGGUCAUGGAAAUGUUGCUAGCUACCUACCGCGGACUCAUACAACAGGUCUCAGUGUCACCAGCAUUAGCAAACUCCCGCCAGCGCCAGAAGGAAAAGGCCGGAGUUGAUGUGCUUUUUACGGGAUCUACCGGCACAGUAGGCACUUAUUUACUGCACAAUCUGUUAACUCGCCAUGAAAUUAAUCACAUCUUCUGCCUAAACCGCGCAGAGGAUGGUGGGCAGGCUGCGCAGAGCAAGAGUUUUGCUGCCGCGGGAUUCAUGGAGACGAGGCUGGAUAACGGCCGCGUCACCUUCAUCAAGGCUAAUCUACAGCAGCCGCAGCUCGGCCUUGACGAGGCCACCUAUGAGCACCUCCGUGCCCAAGUUGGGCUUAUUAUUCACGCUGCUUGGCCUGUUAACUUCAACCUACCUCUUCUUGCCUUCCGCCCGCAGCUCGCUGGGAUAGUGAAUCUAUUUACCUUCGCCGCCGCUACUACAGCGGCACGAUUUGUCUUUGUCUCUUCAGUCGCCGCGGUGGAAGGGCACACAACCGGCCCGGCGCCUGAGAGAGUACUCAAUGGCCUCGACACGCCCGCAGCUUUCGGCUACGGGCGAGCGAAAUUUCUCGGUGAGCUGCUUAUGGAUGCUGGAGCCCGGCACUUCGGAAACCACAUAUCCGCAACUGUAAUUCGCAUAGGUCAGGUUGCCGGCGCGGUACAACGUCCCGGCCAAUGGAACCCUCGGGAAUGGCUGCCGAGCAUGGUCAUUAGUUCGUUAUACCUUGGUCAAGUCCCCAACAGCCUAGGUUCGCACUUUGACGAAGUGGAUUUUGUGCCCGUGGAUUUGCUUGCCGACGUUUUUGUCGAUCUUGCUAUAGCAACAGAAGCGCAACAAGAGGCUACCAGCAGUGCAAGAGUGUUCAACGUGCGUAAUGCGCACCCAACUCCCUGGCGCACACUACUUCCCGCUAUUACCAGCGCUGCGGCAGCUCACCACUUGACUAUGAACGUGGUUCCUCCCGCGACCUGGAUUGCUGCCCUCCGAGCGAGCGGCGACUCGGAUCAAGUCGAUAAUAAAGCAACCUCCAGAAAUCCAGCCGUCAAGUUGCUAGACUUUUUUAGCACCCUGUGGGCAGCUGAGCUGGGCGACCUAGACACCAACAGUGCUCCGGCUUCGUCUGCUGUGCAGCCCAUGGCGAUCGCGCAGGCCCUCGAGGCAAGCCCGGCUCUGCGUAAGCUGGGGCCCGUCAGUUCAGAAUGGAUGAGGAAGUGGGUGGAUGAGUGGAUUGUAGCUAUACGGGAAGAGUGA